CGGACUAUGAGUAUGAGUAUGAUGUAGUUCAAAAUCACUUACCUCUAGACUAUAGCAGUUCUGUUUCGAAUCGUUCCCAAUGGCCAGCUCUUCGGGCCAGAGGAGCCAGGUCUCCGCCGAGAACCUAGUCCCGUCCAAGUAUUUGCUACGUGGCGUGGACCAGGCCGAGCAUAUCUUAGGACGAGGUGCGUACGGAGUGGUGUUUUCAGGGGAUUGGCGUGGCACUCCUGUAGCGAUAAAACGACACCACCCCAUUCUUGUCCUCGAUGAACAUGGACAGUUCUCCACAUUCUACCGACAGUUUCUGCAAGAGUUUCCGAUGUUGAAGGAGUUGCCACAUCCGAAUAUUGUUCAGGUGUUUGGCAUGGUGGCAGCGACUGGACCUUACGACACACCUGGAUUGGUCAUGGAGUGUCUUUCGCAGACGUUGCGUAAACGUUGCAGCGUUCAGCCAGCGUUAUCUCUGUUGGAAAAAGGCAGCAUCGCUCUAGGUGUAUCUUCUGCCUUGGAUUAUCUGCAUAGUCGCAGUAUCAUCCACAGGGAUCUGACGACCAACAACAUUAUGCUGUGUGAGGUGGUUGAAGCUGGGGAAGUGCAGCUGAAGGCAAAGAUUACAGACGUUGGUGGAGCUGCAGAGCUGGAUGACAGGACACAGGCGCAGAUGAUGACAAUGAACCCUGGAGCCCAGACGUACAUGGCACCAGAGACCCAGCGUGUAUCCAAUGAGCCUGGCCGGGCGCAGUACGGUACACCUGCCGAUUGUUACUCGUUUGGUGUGUGCCUGCUGGCCAUGUGUGUAGGCAAGGAGCCUCCCAACAUUUUCGAACUGGCACGCGAGGGAAGAACGAGAGAUCUCCGAGCUCUUGGCUCUGACCAUCCGCUUCAUGACAUGAUCAGCAGGUGUUUGAAAGUGGAUCCUGCUCAUCGUCCGAACGCGACCGACAUUUGUGCCGGUAUCGGAGCAGUGACUGAGAUCCUACGCAGGCAGCAGCAGCCUGCAGCUAGCAGGUCCACAGCUGCAGAUACGCAGGUGGACGUGAGUAAGCCGUCUCCCGACCAAGCCGAGAUUGCACGUCUGCGUCAGGAGCUGCAGGAACAGCUGCGUAGUGCUGAACACCAGCGGGACACGGCUCAGCAAGCUAUUCAGGAUCGGACGGCCCUGCUUGCGGAAAGGGACGAACUGCUGAGGGAGCGAGAUGCAGCAGCUCUACAGCUCAGCGCUAGUGCCGAAUCAGCAGACGUGCACAGGGCGAGAGAAUCGCUGAUGCAUAUUGCAUCCCUGGAAGGAGAGGCUGGCUUGCUGGCUCGUUAUUCACUUCUUCUUGGUCCACCGCCGUUGCCAACAGAUGGAACCCGGCCAAAAGCCACGUGGAAGACUGUCGGGAAAUUUCCAAUUCCAGAAGGUGAGCAGGCACUGGUGUAUUGCGCUGCAUGUGUUGAUGGGAAGGUCAGUGUUGUUCUGAUGGCUUUAAGCAACAACUACGCGUGUAGGAUUGUCGGUGCUGCUGCAAACAACCUUGCGGAAACCGCCUGGGUCGAUAUAUACCCGCCGGAAAAUGUCCGUGGCGAUCCCGGCGAAUCGAUUGUGUACUCCGUUUUGCCGCAUAGUGGUAGCCUGUACUGCCUGGCAUUCCACUCGGUCAGGCCAGCCAUUCUUUACAAGUGCUUGCAAAAUGAUCAGUGGCGGGAAGUGGCACGACUACCGGAGUUUCGCACUAGAUUUGGUUUGACUUUCUUUGACACCCAAUUCAUAGUCGUUGGAGGCUCUACUUCUACGGACACCAGCGUCUUUGUUCCUGGUCAAUCGGAUGUCAUUUCCUUCGAUCUGACUGAGGGGAACACAGAGUGGGUUGCUUGGCCGAACCUACCUGCAUCUGCCGGCAUGCUGCUUUCCCCGCGAGCUAUCGUGUAUGAUGGCUACCUGCAUGUGUUUACAGGUGCUCUUGACCAGCCAGCUGCUACACACGUAGUCUUCUCAACGCCGGUUACACAGCCUGUGAGAUCACGUACCUGGUCUAGCACUGUACUGCCCCAUCCACCGCUCAGGGAGUUACUUUCACGGCUUUUAAACGGUUGUUUGAUUUGCUUUAAAGACGAAGUUGGCAUUGGUCCAAGUCAGGGAGAAACGAUCUUCAUGCUGUCACCAGUUUCUCGCCGGUGGGUUCCACUCCCGAACACCGACCUCUUGAACGGCCAUCCUUGUAAUGUUGAUGGCCGUUUGGUAGUCUUUACGCCAAGUAAAAUCAAGCAGCUCUGCUGGGAGUAAGUACCCGCAAGUAAACCAAGAGGGUUGUUGGAGUCUUUGUUUCGACGGUAACGGAGGUUCCAAUCUGCAUUUAUGUCUUUCUUUGCAACACUACGACUCUCUCCACCAAAAGUAAACGCUUAGAUUUUUCCUUAAAAAGAGAUCACUGCAGGUAUGCUCUCUGCUUUUCAGAAUUGUAUAGUUUGGCACUCCUAGUUUAGAACUGUGUGCUUCUCCCAGCCAACUUGAGUUGAUUCGUGGUGGACUUUUUGUAUACUAAAUCGGACUCUAUGUCUUGAGUAUUGCGUACCGGAAGAUCUCAUAAGUACCCAAAUUCACUGGCUAUCCCGCAGUCGCUUUCUCUUCACAUUGAUCUGUAUUCAUUUUGUAUCGACUGAAGCAUCAUAGUCGAACGCUUCUCUUUUCCUGCACAAGCCCCCCCCCUCCCAAUCAAUGUUCGCUUUUUCUUGAUUCCAUGCCCAGAGUUCCAUUUUGCGGCAAUAUUUGCCGCCUGUGAUUUUUAAGCGGCCGAGUGCUUUAGGUAGUUAUAAUGACCCCGUAGUACCGUCGGGUCUAUGGAGCCCCACUUGUUGCUUAUUAGACUACACAAAUGACUGUUUAUUGUGCAUAGUGACCCCUCGAACUGCUCGCAAUAGCAUUACGUGUACGUGACAUAGCACACACAUUCAGUUUCUCUAGUAUAACAACUUCACUUUUUUCUUGGAUAUUAUAUUUUCUUAUAAUUAUAUUCAUAUACAUGUA